AUGUUCAAAAAGAUCCAUUCUAUCUUUCACCCCAACUUUCACAGAAGAAAUGUGGCAGACAACAUCCCUUACUGUGAUGGCACAGGUUCUGCAGUGAGACUGAUCCGCAGCACUUCUAUGUAUGUCCUUGGAGGUGAGCAGGAAAAAGUUAGUGAACCACUAAAGAAAUGUAGAAGUACAACCAGCAUCGACUCUUGUUUUCAGCCAAAAGAGGAAGACAGAGACUGGAUGUACUCUAAGACUCAGGACUGCUUGAAGUACCUACAGGAUUUGUUAGCCUUGAGGAAAAAAUAUCUUGACAACAUCAAUAACUUGAAAUCCAUGCAUAUGUCUGCAGCUUCUCCAAUGUCCUCAAAAUCAUCCAAAACUGGAAAGAAGUCAUUUAUUCCACUUCCUUCCAAAGAGUCUUCUAAGGCAUCCGUGGAGAGAAAAGGCCCACGGUCCAGUUCAGAUGUAAGAGAAGCAAUAGCUUUCUUUGACUCGGUCAUUGCAGACCUGGAUUCAGAGAGAUGGAUGAGUGUUCCUGACGUGGAUUUGCCAAAUGUGGAUGUUGAUUUUGAUGUUGCUACCAGUACAAGUGAACACAGUUUGCAUUCAAAUUGGAUCCUUCGUGCUCCGCGGAGGUACUCACAAGAUACUGCCCAAACUGCAAAGGCUGCAAACCAAUCUCAAAGAAAUAGCCAGCGGAGAACCACUGGCUCUAGGAAGAGGUUGGAAAGACAUCCCAUGUACUUGCCCAAAGCUGUGGAAGGGGCAUAUAGCACUUUAAAAUUUAAGCCUAAAACACGUAAGAAGGAAUGUUGAAAGAUUAUUCCCUCUUCACUUGAAAACAGAAUCUAUGAAAUAGGGCAUGUGAUAUUUGCCUUUUUUUCCCCCUACUGAUCCAUCCCUUACAUUGUAGAAGUGACGUAUGCAGUCACUGAAGAUUCUUUGUGUGGGACAUAUUUUAAACCAUGGCUAUUCCAACUUUGGACUCAUA